CAGGAGCCCGACCCAGCUCCUGGUCCAACCACUCGGCUUAGCCCACAGUAGAAGCCACAGAGAGGAGAGGAAAAAAAACAAAAAACAAGAGGCUUAAAUCAACUCAGAGAAGGGAGGGGAGGGAAAGAGGAGGGGGAGAAAACGCCCUGGAAGUCUAAGUGGUCGAGAAAUAGGAAAACAGAGACAUACUUCUGACAGACUGCAAACUUGUGACAGUGUGAAAAGAGCUCUGUUUAUGCUGGGGUGAAGGGGAGAAGACACGUUUUCAAGGAUGCUCAAGCGGGUGUGAGGCUUCUUUGGCGCAGCGAUUGCGCACAGAAGUCAAAAAAGAAGAACACAAGAAGCAGAGUGAAGCUCUUGGAUUAGCUUGAGCAAUCCAAGGAAAACAACAACAACAACAACAUUUUCCUCCCACUAGGACUGGUUUAGAGGAAAACAAAAUCAAGAUGGCUGACGAAGAGGACACCAGGGAAGUGCUCUUUCAAGACUGGGAGGGCCCAGACAAAACUGGCUUGACCAUCGAACACACAAGUGGAGGGGAGCUCCUCGUCAAGGAGGUAAAAGGAGAGUCACCAGCAGCACGAUCUGGAAAAGUAUAUGAAGGCGAUCAGAUUGUGGGUGCAACUAUCUACUUUGAAAAUAUGAGCUCCGAAGAGACAGCAGAGUUACUGAAAACAUUGAACAAACACAAAGUUGGACUGAAACUACAAAACAAAGGAGACAAAUCCCCAUGCUACUCACCCUUGAGCACACCAUGUCGUUCUCCAAUGGGCACCCUCACAUGGGAAGGGAAAUCGCAGUUUGGAGCAUCAAGUCCAGAAAUCAUUCUCAGUGGAGAUGAUGAGGACUACAAGAGAAUAUACACAAAGAAGAUUAAACCAAGGCUGAAGUCUGAAGAUCUUGCAGAAGGAGUGGAUGUUCGUACAGAGCGACACAGCAGUACUAGCAGUGAUGGCAGUACUAUUACAACCAUCACUCGCCGCAUCACUACUUACACAGUGGAUAUGCCAAGUGGGAUAGGUGAGAAACUAGAACUUUCAAGCCCAGACUUCAAGGGACAAUGGCAUGAAUCUGGAGAUGGCUCUCCUCGUGUCAGAAUAUUGCAUGGCAGUCCUACAGUGAAAGGAGUGGGAGAAGAGGGUGUUUUUGAGUCAUGCAAUGUCACCUAUACUGGUGUAAAAGGUAGCUCAACAGAAACACAUACAAGUGGAGAUCAGUCAAAGACAAUUAUAAGAGAGGGAACAGAACUAAGUACGGACCUCAGAUUUAAAGAACCUAGGUUUGGAGCUAUAGGUCACGAGGGCACUAAAAUUUUAAGAGAAAGUGAAGAACAGAACGCUGGAGGAAUAGAUGAGUCUGAAAAACAGACUAUGUCCGGUGAAAGUAAAAGCACUUUUGUAAAGGUUGUUACAGUAGGAGGGUCAGCAGAUGCAGAAUUAUCCACAAAUGAUGAAAACAAGAAAUCAGCUAGUCUGUCUCUGCCACAAGAAGACAUUAAGAUCCAGAGAACAUCUGGAGACACAUCCCUCCACCUAAACAAGGGAUCAAGUUAUUUUGAUGUUAAAACAGUUGGAAAUUCUGCUGAUUCUGGAACGAUAUCACUUGUUACAGAAACUAAUUCCGACACUGCUUAUUCUUCACACCCAGACAGACAUUCGUUGAAAAGUAUGCAAACUAGUUUUCCAAGUGCAAAGCCAAAAAGUGGGGAAAAAGAUGAGGGAGUUCCAACAGCAACAAAAGUAGAGUUUAGAUGUCCUGACAUAAACACUGAAAGAAAAGAAGGUGAUUUAAAAUUACCACAUAUAAACACAUCAUCAUUAAAGACCACUAGUCAUGGAAGCUCAGAAGAAGCCAUGAAAUAUCAAAAAAUGGAUACAGGCAUUGAUAAAUCUCAGGUAAAGGAUAAUGAUGGCUUUCAUUACAAAACACAAAACAUAACAGAGAUAAACUCAAGUAAAGGCAAAGCAAACAUGUCAGAUUCAAAGGUAGGAGUUGAUGAAAGAAUGCCUGAGAUGAAUCUGAACUUGAAAGGUUCAACAAUCAAAGGUAAUAAGGAUGUAGAAAGUGUAAGGACAGAAGAAGCCGGAAGAAAAGACGCAAAAUAUACAGAAGUGGAAGCACCAGUCCUAACAUUACACAGCAAAUCUGGAACAAAAAUGUCCAUACCAGAUGUAGAUAUCAACCUGAAAGGCCCAAAAGUCAAAGCUGACAUGGAUGUUUCGCACCCAAAGAUAAAAACAGAUAUCAAAUCACCUAAAAUUGACAUUAAGGCACCAGUUGUUGAAGUUGAAGGAACAAAGGGAGAAAUUGGCACGUCUAAAAUGAAAAUGACAACAGUAAAUUUCAAAGUUGCUGACAUUGACCUUCCUAAAACAGACACUGAUGUGAAAGCACCUGAUGUUGAUAUUAAGGGACCAGCUGAAAAUCUGAAAGGGUUCAAAUUUAACAUGCCUAGAAUAUCUGGACAAGAAAAAUCCAUGUCAGAUGUGGAUUUCAACUUGAAAGGCCCAGAGUUCAAAGGUGACACUGAUGUUUCCAGUCAGAAAAUUAAAAGACAUAUUAAAUCACCUGAAAUUGACAUCAAAGGUCCACAAGUUGAUAAAGAAGGAACAAAGGGGGGAUGUGAAAUGCCUAAAAUAAAAAUGCCUUCACUGAAUUUGAAAGGUCCAAAAGUGGAUAUGCCAGAUAUUGACAUAAAUCUGAAAGGUCCUAAGGUUGAAGGGGAUGUGGAUGUUAAAAUGCCAAAGAUUAAAGGAGAUCUCAAAGGCCCAGAGAUGGACAUUGAAUGCCCAGACAUUGACAUUGAGGGUCCCAAAGGUGGACUGAAAAUGCCUAAAUUCAAGAUGUCCUCAUUUGGUUUAAAAGGCCGCAAAUUAGAAGGUCCAGAUGUUGACAUCAACCUCCCCAAGACAGAUAUUGAUAUGAAAGCACUGGGUGUUGAAAUUGAGGGAGCAGACCUUGACAUUGAAGGACCAGAUGCAAAUCUAAAAGGAUUAAAAUUCAACAAACCUAGCUUAUCUGGAACAAAAGUAUCCAUGCCAGAUGUGGAUGUCAACUUGAAAGGCCCAAAACUCAAAGGUGACAUGGAUGUUUCAGGUCCAAAGUUCAAAGAAGACAUCAAAACACCUGAUAUAGACAUCAAAGGUCAAGAAGUUGAUAUUAAAGGAACAAAGGGAGGAUUUGAAAUGCCUAAAAUAAAAAUGCCUUCACUGAAUUUGAAAGGUUCAAAGGGUGAUGUUCCAGAUGUUGACAUAAAUCUAAAAGGUCCUAACGUUGAAGGGGAUGUGGAUGUUAAAAUGCCAAAGAUUAAAGGAGAUCUCAAAGGCCCAGAGGUGGACAUUGAAGGCCCAGAUGUUGACUUUGAUGGUUCCAAAGGUGGACUGAAAAUGCCUAAAUUCAAGAUGCCCUCAUUUGGUUUGAAAGGCCCCAAGCUAGAAGGUCAUGUUGACAUCAACCUCCCCAAGGCAGAUAUUGAUGUGAAAGCACCAGAUGUUGAUAUUGAAGGAGCAGACCUUGACAUUAAGGGACCAAAUGCCAAACUGAAAGGUCCCAAAUUAAACAUGCCAAGCAUAUCUGGACCAAAAGUAUCCAUGCCAGAUGUGGAUUUCAACUUGAAAGGCCCCAAACUCAAAGGUGACAUGGAUGUUUCAGGUCCAAAGAUCAAAGGAGACAUCAAAAAACCUGAAAUAGACAUGAAAGGUCCAGAUGUUGACAUUGAAGGACCAAAGGGAGGAUUUGAAGUGUCUAAAAUAAAAAUGCCUUCAAUAAAUUUAAAAGGUCCAAAAGUGGAUAUGCCAGAUGUUGACAUAAAUCUGAAAGGUCCUAAGGUUGAAGGAGAUGUGGAUGUUAAAAUGCCAAAGAAUAAAGGAGAUCUCAAAGGACCAGAGGUGGACAUUGGAGGCCCAGAUGUUGACUUUGAUGGUUCCAAAGGUGGACUGAAAAUGCCUAAAUUCAAGAUGCCCUCAUUUGGUUUGAAAGGCCCCAAGCUAGAAGGUCCAGAUGUUGACAUCAACCUCCCCAAGGCAGAUAUUGAUGUGAAAGCACCAGAUGUUGAUAUCGAAGGAGCAGACCUUGACAUUAAGGGACCAAAUGCCAAACUGAAAGGUCCCAAAUUAAACAUGCCAAGCAUAUCUGGACCGAAACUAUCCAUGCCAGAUGUGGAUUUCAACUUGAAAAGCCCCAAACUCAAAGGUGACAUGGAUGUUUCAGGUCCAAAGAUCAAAGGAGAUAUCAAAACACCUGAAAUAGACAUCAAAGGUCCAGAAGUUGAUAUUGCAGGACCAAAAGGAGGAUUUGAAAUGCCUAAAAUAAAAAUGCCUUCACUGAAUUUGAAAGGUCCAAAAGUGGAUAUGCCAGAUGUUGACAUAAAUCUGAAAGGUCCUAAGGUUGAAGGGGAUGUGGAUGUUAAAAUGCCAAAGAUUAAAGGAGAUCUCAAAGGCCCAGAGGUGGACAUUGAAUGCCCAGACAUUGACAUUGAGGGUCCCAAAGGUGGACUGAAAAUGCCUAAAUUCAAGAUGCCCUCAUUUGGUUUGAAAGGCCCCAAACUAGAAGGUCCAGAUGUUGACAUCAGCCUUCCCAAGGCAGAUAUUGAUGUGAAAGCACCAGAUGUAGAUAUUGAAGGAGCAGACCUUGACAUUAAGGGACCAAAUGCCAAACUGAAAGGUCCCAAAUUCCACAUGCCAAGCAUAUCUGGCCCAAAAGUAUCCAUGCCAGAUGUGGAUUUCAACUUGAAAGGCCCCAAUCUCAAAGGUGACAUGGAUGUUUCAGGUCCAAAGAUCAAAGGAGAUAUCAAAACACCUGAAAUAGACAUCAAAGGUCCAACUGUUGAUAGUGAAGGACCAAAGGGAGGAUUUGAAAUGCCUAAAAUAAAAAUGCCUUCACUAAAUUUAAAAGGUCCAAAAGUGGAUAUGCCAGAUGUUGACAUCAAUCUGAAAGGUCCUAAGGUUGAAGGGGAUGUGGAUGUUAAAAUGCCAAAGAUUAAAGGAGAUCUCAAAGGCCCAGAAGUGGACAUUGAAUGCCCCGAUGUUGACAUUGAGGGUUCCAAAGGUGGACUGAAAAUGCCCAAAUUCAAGAUGCCCUCAUUUGGUUUGAAAGGCCCCAAGCUAGAAGGUCCAGAUGUUGACAUCAACCUCCCCAAGGCAGAUAUUGAUGUGAAAGCACUAGAUAUUGAUAUUGAAGGAGCAGACCUUGACAUUAAGGGACCAAAUGCCAAACUGAAAGGUCCCAAAUUAAACAUGCCAAGCAUAUCUGGACCGAAACUAUCCAUGCCAGAUGUGGAUUUCAACUUGAAAGGCCCAAAACUCAAAGGUGACAUGGAUGUUUCAGGUCCAAAGAUCAAAGGAGAUAUCAAAACACCUGAAAUAGACAUCAAAGGUCCAGAAGUUGAUAUUGCAGGACCAAAAGGAGGAUUUGAAAUGCCUAAAAUAAAAAAGCCUUCACUGAAUUUGAAAGGUCCAAAAGUGGAUAUGCCAGAUGUUGACAUAAAUCUGAAAGGUCCUAAGGUUGAAGGGGAUGUGGAUGUUAAAAUGCCAAAGAUUAAAGGAGAUCUGAAAGGCCCAGAAGUGGACAUAGAAUGCCCUGAUGUUGACAUUGAGGGUCCCAAAGGUGGACUGAAAAUGCCUAAAUUCAAGAUGCCCUCAUUUGGUUUGAAAGGCCCCAAGCUAGAAGGUCCAGAUGUUGACAUGAACCUCCCCAAGGCAGAUAUUGAUGUGAAAACACCAGAUGUUGAUAUUGAAGGAGCAGACCUUGACAUUAAGGGACCAAAUGCAAAACUGAAAGGUCCCAAAUUAAACAUGCCAAGCAUAUCUGGACCAAAACUAUCCAUGCCAGAUGUGGAUUUCAACUUGAAAGGCCCCAAACUCAAAGGUGACAUGGAUGUUUCAGGUCCAAAGAUCAAAGGAGACAUCAAAACACCUGAUAUAGACAUCAAAGUUCCAAAUGUUGAUAUUGAAGGAUCAAAGGGAGGAACUGAAAUGCCUAAAAUAAAAAUGCCUUCACUAAAUUUAAAAGGUCCAAAAGUGGAUAUGCCAGAUGUUGACAUAAAUAUGAAAGGUCCUAAGGUUGAAGGGGAUGUGGAUGUUAAAAUGCCAAAGAUUAAAGGAGAUCUCAAAGGCCCAGAGGUGGACAUUGAAUGCCCAGACAUUGGAAUUGAGGGUCCCAAAGGUGGACUGAAAAUGCCUAAAUUCAAGAUGCCAUCAUUUGGUUUGAAAGGCCCCAAGCUAGAAGGUCCAGAUGUUGACAUCAACCUCCCCAAGGCAGAUAUUGAUGUGAAAACACCAGAUGUAGAUAUUGAAGGAGCAGACCUUGACAUUAAGGGACCAAAUGCCAAACUGAAAGGUCCCAAAUUCCACAUGCCAAGCAUAUCUGGACCAAAACUAUCCAUGCCAGAUGUGGAUUUGAACUUGAAAGGCCAGAAACUCAAAGGUGACAUGGAUGUUUCAGGUCCAAAGAUCAAAGGAGAUAUCAAAACACCUGAAAUAGACAUCAAAGGUCCAAAUGUUGAUAUUGAAGGACCAAAGGGAGGAUUUGAAAUGCCUAAAAUAAAAAUGCCAUCACUCAAUUUGAAAGGUCCAAACGUGGAUAUGCCAGAUGUUGACAUACAUUUGAAAGGUCCUAAGGUUGAAGGGGAUGUGGAUGUUAAAAUGCCAAAGAUUAAAGGAGAUCUCAAAGACCCAGAGGUGGACAUUGAAUGCCCAGACAUUGACAUUGAGGGUCCCAAAGGUGGACUGAAAAUGCCUAAAUUCAAGAUGCCCUCAUUUGGUUUGAAAGGCCCCAAGCUAGAAGGUGCAGAUGUUGACAUCAACCUCCCCAAGGCAGAUAUUGAUGUGAAAGCACCAGAUGUAGAUAUAGAAGGAGCAGACCUUGACAUUAAGGGACCAAAUGCCAAACUUAAAGGUCCCAAAUUCCACAUGCCAAGCAUAUCUGGACCAAAAGUAUCCAUGCCAGAUGUGGAUUUCAACUUGAAAGGCCCCAAACUCAAAGGUGACAUGGAUGUUUCAGGUCCAAAGAUCAAAGGAGAUAUUAAAUCCCCUGAAAUGGACAUCAAAGGACCAGAAGUUGACAUUGAAGGACCAAAGGGAGGAUUUGAAAUGCCUAAAAUAAAAAUGCCUUCACUAAAUUUAAAAGGUCCAAAAGUGGAUAUGCCAGAUGUUGACAUAAAUCUGAAAGGUCCUAAGGUUGAAGGGGAUGUGGAUGUUAAAAUACCAAAGAUUAAAGAAGAUCGCAAAGGCCCAGAGGUGGACAUAGAAUGCCCAGACAUUGGCAUUGAGGGUCCCAAAGGUGGACUGAAAAUGCCUAAAUUCAAGAUGCCAUCAUUUGGCUUGAAAGGCCCCAAGCUAGAAGGUCCAGAUGUUGACAUCAACCUCCCCAAGGCAGAUAUUGAUGUGAAAACUCCAGAUGUAGAUAUUGAAGGAGCAGACCUUGACAUUAAGGGACCAAAUGCCAAACUGAAAGGUCCCAAAUUCCACAUGCCAAGCAUAUCUGGACCAAAACUAUCCAUGCCUGAUGUGGAUUUCAACGUGAAAGGCCCCAAACUCAAAGGUGACAUGGAUGUUUUAGGUCCAAAGAUAAAAGGAGACAUCAAAACACCUGAAAUAGACAUCAAAGGUCCAAAUGUUGAUAUCGAAGGACCAAAGGGAGGAUUUGAAAUGCCUAAAAUAAAAAUGCCAUCACUCAAUUUGAAAGGUCCAAACGUGGAUAUGCCAGAUGUUGACAUAAAUUUGAAAGGUCCUAUGGUUGGGGAUGUGGAUGUUAAAAUGCCAAAGAUUAAAGGAGAUCUCAAAGGCCCAGAGGUGGACAUUGAAUGCCCAGACAUUGACAUUGAGGGUCCCAAAGGUGGACUGAAAAUGCCUAAAUUCAAGAUGCCCUCAUUUGGUUUGAAAGGCCCCAAGCUAGAAGGUCCAGAUGUUGACAUCGCUCCCAAGGCAGAUAUUGAUGUGAAAGCACCAAAUGUAGAUAUUGAAGGAGCAGACCUUGACAUUAAGGGACCAAAUGCCAAACUGAAAGGUCCCAAAUUCCACAUGCCAAGCAUAUCUGGACCAAAACUAUCCAUGCCAGAUGUGGAUUUCAACUUGAAAGGCCCCAAACUCAAAGGUGACAUGGAUGUUUCAGGUCCAAAGAUAAAAGGAGACAUCAAAACACCUGAAAUAGACAUCAAAGGUCCAACUGUUGAUAUUGAAGGACCAAAGGGAGGAUUUGAAAUGCCUAAAAUAAAAAUGCCAUCACUCAAUUUGAAAGGUCCAAACGUGGAUAUGCCAGAUGUUGACAUAAUUAAAGGUCCUAAGGUUGAAGGGGAUGUGGAUGUUAAAAUGCCAAAGAUUAAAGGAGAUCUCAAAGGCCCAGAGGUGGACAUUGAAUGCCCAGACAUUGACAUUGAGGGUCCCAAAGGUGGACUGAAAAUGCCUAAAUUCAAGAUGCCCUCAUUUGGUUUGAAAGGCCCCAAGCUAGAAGGUCCAGAUGUUGACAUCGACCUCCCCAAGGCAGAUAUUGAUGUGAAAGCACCAGAUGUAGAUAUUGAAGGAGCAGACCUUGACAUUAAGGGACCCAAUGCCAAACUGAAAGGUCCCAAAUUCCACAUGCCAAGCAUAUCUGGACCAAAACUAUCCAUGCCAGAUGUGGAUUUCAACUUGAAAGGCCCCAAACUCAAAGGUGACAUGGAUGUUUCAGGUCCAAAGAUCAAAGGAGAUAUCAAAACACCUGAAAUAGACAUCAAAGGUCCAAAUGUUGAUAUUGAAGGACCAAAGGGAGGAUUUGAAAUGCCUAAAAUAAAAAUGCCAUCACUCAAUUUGAAAGGUCCAAAAGUGGAUAUGCCAGAUGUUGACAUAAAUUUGAAAGGUCCUAAGGUUGAAGGGGAUGUGGAUGUUAAAAUGCCAAAGAUUAAAGGAGAUCUCAAAGGCCCAGAGGUGGACAUUGAAUGCCCAGACAUUGACAUUGAGGGUCCCAAAGGUGGACUGAAAAUGCCUAAAUUCAAGAUGCCCUCAUUUGGUUUGAAAGGCCCCAAGCUAGAAGGUCCAGAUGUUGACAUCGACCUCCCCAAGGCAGAUAUUGAUGUGAAAGCACCAGAUGUAGAUAUUGAAGGAGCAGACCUUGACAUUAAGGGACCAAAUGCCAAACUGAAAGGUCCCAAAUUCCACAUGCCAAGCAUAUCUGGACCAAAAGUAUCCAUGCCAGAUUUGGAUUUCAACUUGAAAGGUCCCAAACUCAAAGGUGACAUGGAUGUUUCAGGUCCAAAGAUCAAAGGAGAUAUUAAAUCCCCUGAAAUGGACAUCAAAGGACCAGAAGUUGACAUUGAAGGACCAAAGGGAGGAUUUGAAAUGCCUAAAAUAAAAAUGCCUUCACUAAAUUUAAAAGGUCCAAAAGUGGAUAUGCCAGAUGUUGACAUAAAUAUGAAAGGUCCUAAGGUUGAAGGGGAUUUGGAUCUUAAAAUGCCAAAGAUUAAAGGAGAUCUCAAAGCCCCAGACGUGGACAUUGAAGGCCCAGACAUUGACAUUGAGGGUCCCAAAGGUGGACUGAAAAUGCCUAAAUUCAAGAUGCCCUCAUUUGGUUUGAAAGGCCCCAAGCUAGAAGGUGCAGAUGUUGACAUCAACCUCCCCAAGGCAGAUAUUGAUGUGAAAGCACCAGAUGUAGAUAUUGAAGGAGCAGACCUUGACAUUAAGGGACCAAAUGCCAAACUGAAAGGUCCCAAAUUCCACAUGCCAAGCAUAUCUGGACCAAAAGUAUCCAUGCCAGAUGUGGAUUUCAACUUGAAAGGCCCCAAACUCAAAGGUGACAUGGAUGUUUCAGGUCCAAAGAUAAAAGGAGACAUCAAAACACCUGAAAUAGACAUCAAAGUUCCAAAUGUUGAUAUUGAAGGACCAAAGGGAGGAUUUGAAAUGCCUAAAAUAAAAAUGCCAUCACUCAACUUGAAAGGUCCAAACGUGGAUAUGCCAGAUGUUGACAUCAAUCUGAAAGGUCCUAAGGUUGAAGGAGAUGUGGAUGUUAAAAUGCCAAAGAUUAAAGGAGAUCUGAAAGGCCCAGAAGUGGACAUUGAAUGCCCCGAUGUUGACAUUGAGGGUCCCAAAGGUGGACUGAAAAUGCCUAAAUUCAAGAUGCCCUCCUUUGGUUUGAAAGGCCCCAAGCUAGAAGGUCCGGAUGUUGACAUCAACCUCCCCAAGGCAGAUUUUGAUGUGAAAGCACCAGAUGUAGAUAUAGAAGGAGCAGACCUUGACAUUAAGGGACCAAAUGCCAAACUGAAAGGUCCCAAAUUCCACAUGCCAAGCAUAUCUGGACCAAAACUAUCCAUGCCAGAUGUGGAUUUCAACUUGAAAGGCCCCAAACUCAAAGGUGACAUGGAUGUUUCAGGUCCAAAGAAAGGAGACAUCAAAACACCUGAAAUAGACAUCAAAGUUCCAAAUGUUGAUAUUGAAGGACCAAAGGGAGGAUUUGAAAUGCCUAAAAUAAAAAUGCCUCUCAACUUGAAAGGUCCAAACGUGGAUAUGCCAGAUGUUGACAUCAAUCUGAAAGGUCCUAAGGUUGAAGGAGAUGUGGAUGUUAAAAUGCCAAAGAUUAAAGGAGAUCUCAAAGGCCCAGAGGUGGACAUUGAAUGCCCAGACAUUGACAUUGAGGGUCCCAAAGGUGGACUGAAAAUGCCUAAAUUCAAGAUGCCAUCAUUUGGUUUGAAAGGCCCCAAGCUAGAAGGUCCAGAUGUUGACAUCGACCUCCCCAAGGCAGAUAUUGAUGUGAAUGCACCAGAAGUUGAUAUUGAAGGAGCAGACCUUGACAUUAAGGGACCCAAUGCCAAACUGAAAGGUCCCAAAUUAAACAUGCCAAGCAUAUCUGGACCAAAACUAUCCAUGCCAGAUGUGGAUUUCAACUUGAAAGGCCAACUCAAAGGUGACAUGGAUGUUUCAGGUCCAAAGAUCAAAGGAGAUAUCAAAACACCUGAAAUCAUCAAAGGUCCAAAUGUUGAUAUUGAAGCAAAGGGAGGAUUUGAAAUGCCUAAAAUAAAAAUGCCAUCACUCAAUUUGAAAGGUCCAAUGGAUAUGCCAGAUGUUGACAUAAUGAAAGGUCCUAAGGUUGAAGGGGAUGUGGAUGUUAAAAUGCCAAAGAUUAAAGGAGAUCUCAAAGGCCCAGAGGUGGACAUUGAAUGCCCAGAUAUUGACAUUGAGGGUCCCAAAGGUGGACUGAAAAUGCCUAAAUUCAAGAUGCCCUCAUUUGGUUUGAAAGGCCCCAAGCUAGAAGGUCCAGAUGUUGACAUCGACCUCCCCAAGGCAGAUAUUGAUGUGAAAGCACCAGAUGUAGAUAUUGAAGGAGCAGACCUUGACAUUAAGGGACCAAAUGCCAAACUGAAAGGUCCCAAAUUCCACAUGCCAAGCAUAUCUGGACCAAAAGUAUCCAUGCCAGAUGUGGAUUUCAACUUGAAAGGUCCCAAACUCAAAGGUGACAUGGAUGUUUCAGGUCCAAAGAUCAAAGGAGAUAUUAAUCCUGAAACGGACAUCAAAGGACCAGAAGUUGACAUUGAAGGACCAAAGGGAGGAUUUGAAAUGCCUAAAAUAAAAAUGCCAUCACUCAAUUUGAAAGGUCCAAACGUGGAUAUGCCAGAUGUUGACAUCAAUCUGAAAGGUCCUAAGGUUGAAGGGGAUGUGGAUGUUAAAAUGCCAAAGAUCAAAGGAGAUCUCAAAGGCCCAGAGGUGGACAUUGAAGCCCCAAACAUUGACAUUGAGGUGCACAAAAGUGGGUUCAAGAUGCCUAAAUUCAAAAUGCCCUCAUUUAGUUUCAAAGGAUCUAAAGCAGAUUCUGUUGAUGCUGAUGUCAAUCUCCCUAAAUCAAAUAUUGACACAAAAGCUGCAGAUUUAAACAUAAAAGGAAAAGAUCUUGCUGUUCAGGGAUCAAACAUAAAAGUGAAAGGAAAAAAAUUUAGAAUGCCAAAAAUUACAAGUCCAAAGGUCUCUGUGCCAGAUAUUGAUGUGAAAGCACCAGAUGUUGACAUUGAAGGAGCAGACCUUGAAAUGACGGGAACGAAUGCCAAACUGAAAGGUCCCAAAUUCCACAUGCCAACCAUAUCCAUGCCAGAUGUGGAUUUCAACUUGAAAGGCCCCAAACUCAAAGGUGACAUGGAUGGUUCAGGUCCAAAGAUCAAAGGAGACAUCAAAACACCUGAAAUAGACAUCAAAGGUCCAGAUGUUGAUAUUGAAGGACCCAAGGGAGGAUUUGAAAUGCCUAAAAUAAAAAUGCCUUCACUGAAUAAAGGUCCACAAGUGGAUAUGCCAGAUGUUGACAUCAAUCUGAAAGGUCCUAAGGUUGAAGGGGAUGUGGAUGUUAAAAUGCCAAAGAUUAAAGGAGAUCUCAAAGGCCCAGAAGUGGACAUUGAAUGUCCGGAUAUUGACAUUGAGGGUUCCAAAGGUGGACUGAAAAUGCCUAAAUUCAAGAUGCCCUCAUUUGGUUUGAAAGGCCCCAAGCUAGAAGGUCCAGAUGUUGACAUCAACCUCCCCAAGGCAGAUAUUGAUGUGAAAGCACCAGAUGUUGAUAUUGAAGGAGCAGACCUUGACAUUAAGGGACCCAAUGCCAAACUGAAAGGUCCCAAAUUAAACAUGCCAAGCAUAUCUGGACCAAAAGUAUCCAUGCCAGAUGUGGAUUUCAACUUGAAAGGCCCCAAACUCAAAGGUGACAUGGAUGUUUCAGGUCCAAAGAUCAAAGGAGACAUCAAAACACCUGAAAUAGACAUCAAAGGUCCAGAAGUUGAUAUUGAAGGACCAAAAGGAGGAUUUGAAAUGCCUAAAAUAAAAAUGCCUUCACUGAAUUUGAAAGGUCCAAAAGUGGAUAUGCCAGAUGUUGACAUAAAUCUGAAAGGUCCUAAGGUUGAAGGGGAUGUGGAUGUUAAAAUGCCAAAGAUUAAAGGAGAUCUGAAAGGCCCAGAAGUGGACAUUGAAUGCCCUGAUGUUGACAUUGGGGGACCCAAAGGUGGACUGAAAAUGCCUAAAUUCAAGAUGCCCUCAUUUGGUUUGAAAGGCCCCAAGCUAGAAGGUCCAGAUGUUGACAUCACUCCCAAGGCAGAUAUUGAUGUGAAAGCACCAGAUGUUGAUAUUGAAGGAGCAGACCUUGACAUUAAGGGACCAAAUGCCAAACUGAAAGGUCCCAAAUUAAACAUGCCAACCAUAUCUGGAGCAAAAGUAUCCAUGCCAGAUGUGGAUUUCAACUUGAAAGGCCCCAAACUCAAAGGUGACAUGGAUGGUUCAGGCCCAAAGAUCAAAGGAGACAUCAAAACACCUGAAAUAGACAUCAAAGGUCCAGAAGUUGAUAUUGAAGGACCGAAAGGAGGAUUUGAAAUGCCUAAAAUAAAAAUGCCUUCACUGAAUUUGAAAGGUCCAAAAGUGGAUAUGCCAGAUGUUGACAUAAAUCUGAAAGGUCCAAAGGUUGAAGGGGAUGUGGAUGUUAAAAUGCCAAAGAUUAAAGGAGAUCUCAAAGGCCCAGAAGUGGACAUUGAAUGCCCUGAUGUUGACAUUGAGGGUCCCAAAGGUGGACUGAAAAUGCCUAAAUUCAAGAUGCCCUCAUUUGGUUUGAAAGGCCCCAAGCUAGAAGGUCCAGAUGUUGAUAUAAACCUACCCAAAGCAGAUAUUGAUGUAAAAGCACCAGAUGUUGAUAUUGAAGGAGCAGACCUUGACAUUAUGGGACCAAAUGCCAAAUUGAAAGGUCCCAAAUUCCACAUGCCAAGCAUAUCUGGACCAAAAGUAUCCAUGCCAGAUAUGGAUUUCAACUUUAAAGGCCCCAAACACAAGGGUGACAUGGAUGUUUCAGGUCCAAAGAUCAGGAUCAAAUCACCUGAUAUAGACAUCAAAGGUCCAAAUGUUAAUAUUGAAGGAACCAAGGGAGGAUUUGAAAUGCCUAAAAUAAAAAUGCCUUCACUGAAUUUGAAAGGUCCAAAAGUGGAUAUGCCAGAUGUUGACAUAAAUCUGAAAGGUCCAAAGGUUGAAGGGGAUAUGGAUGUUAAAAUGCCAAAGAUUGAAGGAGAUCUCAAGGGCCCCGAGGUGGACAUUGAAUGCCCAGACAUUGACAUUGAGGGUCCCAAAGGUGGACUGAAAAUGCCUAAAUUCAAGAUGCCCUCCUUUGGUUUGAAAGGCCCCAAGCUAGAAGGUCCGGAUGUUGAUAUCAACCUCCCCAAGGCAGAUAUUGAUGUGAAAGCACCAGAUGUUGAUAUUGAAGGAGCAGACCUUGACAUUAAUGGACCAAAUGCCAAACUUAAAGGUCCCAAAUUCCACAUGCCAAGCAUAUCUGGACCAAAAGUAUCCAUGCCAGAAAUGGAUUUCAACUUUAAAGGCCCCAAACUCAAGGGUGACAUGGAUGUUUCAGGUCCAAAGAUCAAAGGAGACAUCAAAUCACCUGAUAUAGACAUCAAAGGUCCAAAUGUUGAUAUUGAAGGAACCAAGGGAGGAUUUGAAAUGCCUAAAAUAAAAAUGCCUUCACUGAAUUUGAAAGGUCCAAAAGUGGAUAUGCCAGAUGUUGACAUAAAUCUGAAAGGUCCAAAGGUUGAAGGGGAUAUGGAUGUUAAAAUGCCAAAGAUUGAAGGAGAUCUCAAGGGCCCAGAGUUGGACAUUGAAGUCCCAGACAUUGACUUUGAUGGUUCCAAAGGUGGACUGAAAAUGCCUAAAUUCAAGAUGCCCUCCUUUGGUUUGAAAGGCCCCAAGCUAGAAGGUCCAGAUGUUGACAUCAACCUCCCCAAGGCAGAUAUUGAUGUGAAAGCACCAGAUGUAGAUAUUGAAGGAGCAGACCUUGACAUUAAGGGACCAAAUGCUAAACUCAAAGGUCCCAAAUUGAACAUACCAAGCAUAUCUGGCCCAAAAGUAUCCAUGCCAGAUGUGGAUUUCAACUUGAAGGGCCCAAAACUCAAAGGUGACAUGGAUGUUUCAGGUCCAAAAAUCAAAGGAGAUAUCAAAACACCUGAAAUAGACAUCAAAGGUGUGAAAGUUACAACCGAUGUUCCAAGUCUUGAUAUUGAUCUAAAACAUAGUCCUGAACCAAUAUCUGGUUCCAAAGCAGCACCACCAAAUGUUGACAUAAAUCUGAAGGGAUCAAAAUUAAAGGGUGAAUUUAAAGGAGAUGGUCAAUUUCCAAAAGCUGACCUGAAAGGCACUGAUGCCUUGGAAGUACCUCAGAAAAAAUCUAAGUUCAAAAUGCCCAAGGUUGGAUUCAAGAGUCCUAAGAUAAAGACCUCAGAACCUGAUAUUAAACUGGAACAUGGAGAUAUCAACAUUAAAGGAAAGACCGGGAGCCGUGAGGGACUUGAUGUUGACAUUAGUUUGUCUGGUUCAAAAUCUAAAAGUCCCAAAUUUAAGAUCCCAAAAUUUGGCCUCAAGGGUCCAAAAGUUGACAUGCCAGAAGCUGGUCUUUCAGAAUCUGGAAUUGACAUAAAAACAUCAGAUAUCACGACAGCAGGAGCAGGAUUUGAUGUCGAUAUUCACAGUGGAAAACUUAAAGGAUCAAAAGAUGUGGACUUAAAUCUGACCGGUCCAAAACUUAAAGGGGAUUUGAAUGUGUCAAUUCCAGAUGUAGAUCUAGGCCUGAAAAAAGCUGAUAUUAAAGGUUCAACGUUUGAAGUUGAGGGACCGAAGGGUGGAUUAGACAUGUCCAAGAUCAAGAUACCAUCUUUUGGCAUCAAACUUCCUCAGCUGGAAAAUUCAAAUGAUACUAUAACCAUUCCAAAUGUCAAUGGUGAUACAGUAACCCCCAAAGUUGACAUUGGUGGAGUUGAUGUUAAAGGCCCUGAUGCAAGUCCCAAUGUUAAACUUCCCUCAGUAUCAGGACCCACCUUGCCUGACUUAAACAUUAAUCUUACAGGGCUUAAAACAAAAGGAGAUGUUAAAGCAGGGAGUCAAGAUGUUGACAUCAACCUUUCCAAAGCCAAAAUAGAUAUUGAUUCCUCUAAAGUAGACUUUAAAGCCCCCAAAGUGAAACUGCCAACUGUAUCAGGCCCCAAAUGGGAUAUUAAUCUGAAAGGCUCAAAUGUUGAAGGAAAAGAAAUUAAUGUUAAUCUUCCUAAAACAGACAUUGAAAUUAAAGGACCAAAAUUAUCCAUGUCAGAUGUGGACAUGCAUCUUAAAGCUCCUGAUGUUGGUAUCAAGGAUCCUGAAGUUCAUACUGGAGGCCCCAAGGUUGGUUUUAAAAUGUCCAAAGUCACACUGCCAUCAGAAUCAGAAGUUAAUGUAAAUUUUCCAAAAGGUGACGUUAACAUUAAAGCACCUGAAGUAAAGGUAAAAGGACCAGAAUUUGGUUCCACUGAAGCAAGUCUUGAUGUCCCUGACAUAGAUGUGAAGGGGAAAAAGGGAAAAUUCAAACUUCCAAAAGUGAAAGGAAAAGCAAGGAAGCAAGAAGCUGAAACACCAGAAGUAGACCAGGAUAUUGACACACCAAAUAUUCAUGUGAAAGGGACAAACACUAAGAAGCCUCUUUUUGGUAAACUUCAUUUCCCUGAUGUAGAACUAGAUAUUAAAUCUCCCAAACUAAAAGGUGAUGGAUCUUUAGCUGAAGGAUUUAAAUCACCUGAUGCAAGUGUAUCAUCUGACAGUGCAAAGAUUUGUUUGGAAGGCUCUGAUGUUAAUGUCAAAGGAGGUCCAGAGCUUAGUGCAGGAACUUCAGGACAAUCAGCUAGUGGCCUUCAGUAUCCAGAGGGUACAAUACUGUUUCCAAAAAUCAAAGUGCCAAAGUUUGGCAUUCUUCAGCCUAAGGUGGAAGGCCAAAAUGUUGCAGGAAAAGGAAAAUCAGAUGCAAUGAUGGGUGGAAAAUUAGACCUGGAAGGUGAAUCUGGAGUCAGUUUGUCAGCUAAAGGAAAGUCAGCCUCACUGGAUCUAUUUAAAAAGUCAAAGCACCGAUCUUCCUCUGCCAGCGAUGAAGGUUCGCUUGGAGUUAGCUCUCCUUCAGCUCUUUCAGAAGCUGAAUCUGGAGACAUUUCAAUAGAUGUAGGAGGAACUAAGGUCAAAGGCAAGAAAGGCAAAUUAAAAUUUGGCACAUUUGGAGGUUUUGGAUCUAAGUCCAAGGGCUCAUACGAAGUAUCACUUGGAAACGACAAUGAAGGAGAGAUAGAGGGGAGUACAGAUGCUUCUGUACCUCUGAAAAAAUCUAGAUUGUCAUCCUCCUCAAGCAGUGACAGUGGAUCAAGAGGUGCUUUCAGGCUUCCAAAACUUGAACUAUCGGUUUCUCCCAAAAAGUAAUAACAUCAAUUCAUCUUUUGUAUAUGCACUCAAAUACAAUCUCCUAAUGCAGUAUAAGUUUUGAACUUCAGUUCUUUUAAAUUUACUAGAACAUGCACAAUUAUCUCUGUUUACCUAUGAAUGAUAAUUUUAAAGAAAAUGAAACAGGAGAGAAUUAGAUUGUUAAAAAAUUCUUCAAACUGUACAUAAGAUAAAUGUAUACUUUUAUUAAUGAAUAUUGUUUUGUACAUAGUCCAGAUUUAUUAAUCUAUUGCAUCACACAAAAUUAUAGGUCAUACAUUUUGUUUCUUCUUUAAAUGAAUGAUUUUUAUUGAAUGGUUGUUACAUAUUCGUAACCAGGGGUCUACUGCAAAGAAAAUACAUCACAGUUGUUUCGAAGGAAAAUGCUCUAAAUACAUUUGAAACACAAUUUUAACCAGUUUCCAUUUUAGUACAUGUACAAUUGUUUUUUUGUUUUUUUUGUAAGCUUCAAUAGUAGUCAGUGCAGAAUUGUAUUUUUGCAAUGUAAUUUUGACAACCUUCUGAAGAUUCAUAUACCUGUAUAUAGCACAAUUGCAAGGACAAUCUUUUUGGAAAUUCUUUGAAGUGCUGUGCGUACUUCUGAUUGCUGUCUCUUCAUUAAAGAAAAGUUGUAAUUGCUAAAAAUGUUGUCACAAUAAAAAUUAAAUUUCUUUGUUUAUUUUAAACUGGUUUCUUAAUCCUGUCAUUUUUACAUUCUAACAGUUAGUAAUCCUCUAUAUUUAAUUUCAUUUGUGAGACUUUGUUUUGUAUAGACACCUACUCUGGUCAUGUCACACUCACAUCUUAAUGUCAUCUGUUUUCAAACAACUUCUUUGCAGGUAGAAAGAUGUAUACCAUUAAUAUUUGAUGGAGUGCAUAUUUUUUUGGAUCCAUGCUUCUGUGUGCAUUCUGCCAACUAAAUGCAAUAAACGGAUUUGUAGAGAUUA